UAUCUGAACGGCGUGUGUGCUGCGCAUGCGCGGAGAGGAGCAGGUGCCCGCGCAUGGCAUCUUCGCCGCCACCGCCGCCGCCUGGCUCGCUGACUAUGCCGAGCGGCGCGUCCGUGUGCGCGGCCACCAGAGCCGCAGUACUCCGGGGGCAACCGGAGAGCAAUGAGACGAUGACGACGACGAUGAUGAUGAUGGAAGGCCAGAGACUCUUCUUCCGGUUGUCGCACUGACUGCUGUGAAACGACGAGUGGCUCGAUUUUUUCCUUGCUUUUUGCCCUGAACAUCCGUCCUGGUGCCGAUGCAGCGGAGGAGAUGCUGACGAUGCUUUAACUGCGGGGUUCAAGGCCAGUUUCCCCAGUUGGAUUUCAAGUGGACUGAGGCCGGUCGCUUCCUGAUUGAAAAACUUGGAACGUCGUUAAGCCACUAGCAGGAUGAUCGAGGAGAGCGGCAAGCGGGGCAAGGCUGCCGUGGAGAAGCGGCAGCUCUUCAUGGAGAUGAGAGCUCAAAACUUUGACGUGAUCAGACUGUCGACCUACAGGACGGCGUGCAAGCUGCGAUUCGUGCAAAAGCGGUGCAACCUUCACCUGGUGGAUGUAUGGAACAUGAUCGAGGCCUUCCGGGACAACGGACUGAACACGUUGGAACACCACGCCGAGAUCAACGUGUCGCGCUUGGAGACCAUCCUUUCGUCCGUCUACUACCAGCUUAACAAGCGGCUGCCCACCACGCACCAAAUCAACGUGGAGCAGUCCAUUGGCCUGCUGCUCAACUUCAUGGUGGCCACAUACGACAGUGAGAGCCACGGCAAGUUGACUGUGUUCUCCAUGAAAGCCAUGCUGGCAACCAUGUGUGGAGGAAAAAUAGUUGAUAAGCUGCGCUACAUUUUCUCCCAAAUGUCGGACUCGGGCGGCGUGAUGGUGUUUGCCAAGUUCGACCAGUUCCUGCGUGAGGUGCUCAAGCUCCCCACGGCCGUUUUUGAGGGGCCCUCAUUCGGCUACACUGAGCAUUCACUCCGGACUUGUUUCCCCCAACAGAAGAAGAUCACACUGAACACGUUUUUGGAUGUCUUGAUGGCGGACCCUCCGCCACAAUGCCUCGUGUGGCUGCCUCUCAUGCACAGACUCGCUAAUGUUGAAAAUGUCUUCCAUCCGGUGGAGUGCUCGUACUGCCGCAGCGAGAGCAUGAUGGGUUUCCGCUACCGCUGCCAGCAGUGCCACGGCUACCAGCUGUGCCAGAGCUGCUUCUGGAGGGGCCAUGCCAACGGACCUCACAGCAACCAGCACCAGAUGAAGGAGCACUCGUCCUGGAAAUCUCCCGCCAAGAAGCUGAGCCACGCCAUCAGCAAAUCACUGGGCUGCGUUCCCAUCGGCGAGCCCCCACAUCCCGUGUUCCCCGAGCAGGCCGAGAGACCCCAGGAGCCCGCUAACGUCAUAUUGGAGAGUCCUAGCCGGCUGGACGAGGAGCACCGCCUCAUCGCCCGCUAUGCCGCGCGCCUAGCGGCCGAAGCAGGAAACUCCACGCAACAAUGCCCUCCCUCCGACUUGACGUUUAACUUUGACGCCAACAAGCAGCAAAGGCAGCUGAUUGCAGAGCUGGAGAACAAAAACAGGGAGAUCCUGCAGGAGAUCCAGAGGCUUCGUCUGGAACACGAGCAGGCUUCGCAGCCCACGCCGGAGAAGGCCCAGCAGAACCCUACGCUCCUCACCGAACUCAGGCUGCUCAGACACAGGAAGGACGAGUUGGAGCGGCGUAUGUCGGCCUUGCAAGAGAGUCGGCGGGAGCUCAUGGUGCAGUUGGAGGGACUCAUGAGGCUUCUUAAGGUUCGCGACGAAGAACAGAAACAGGCAUCGGGCAGCUCCCCACACUCAUCGCCAAGCCACGGGGCGGGCUGCUCCAUGCCCAUGCCCAUUCGCUCCACAUCGGCCGGCUCCACUCCAACACACACGCCCCAAGACUGUAUGGCGGGCCUGGGGGGCGACAUGCUGGAGGCCUUCGCUCAGGGUGUACCUCGGAAUCUGCGCAAUGACCUCCUGGUGGCUGCGGACUCUAUCACCAACACCAUGUCGUCGCUGGUCAAAGAGCUCCAUUCGGUGGACGACGGGGCAGAUGAGGAGGAGACCAACAUGAGAAAUGGAGGCGAGCGAGGCACGAUGCGAGUACAGAAGCAGUGAAACAGCAGCCGGCGCCUCGUCCACCGGCAACCAAUCCAUAAUGAUGACUAUGCCUUCCUGGCGUUAGCACGUUAGACUACUGCAUGCUGUAAUCUAAACACAAUUUCACUAUGUGAAAAAGAAAAUUAAAAAAAAAAAAAAAAAACUUUCGUGACACUUUUGACAGGAGGUGUCUAAAUAGCGAGUGUGUCGUCUUGUAAAUUCAAGAUCAUGAUGUAUAGUACAUGUUUCCCACGCCAAGUCCUGUUGCUUUUUAGCAUUUGGUGCAUUUUUAAUGCCUGGUUUUACAUGAUCACGUCAGCCCAGACCUCGAGUUCAAUAAAAUUUGGUGGCGACCAGGUGAAUGACAUAGUUGGAGGAUGGCAAAACAACCACAAAAAUGGAAAAUUUAGCCCAUUUUUGGUCCAUUUUUGCAGGCUUCGUGCAACAAUGCUGCUACUGUUCACAACAUGACGCUUCACUUGAGUUUUGAGCAUCAAGUUUGAAGCAACCUAGAAAAAGUGAAAGGGGUUCACCCGAUGCUCAGGGACUGCAGAGCUAUAAAAUGGCAAUGUGCGAAAAGAUCGUCAAAUUCAGUAGAAGUUCAUGUUGCUUUUUCAUUUCAUCCUGUGAGUGUGCGCGUGAAAGUUUUUUUGUGGUGAGAAGCAUGUUGGUUAUAUGUGAUAGUUUGUGUCUUUUUCUGAUGGGUCACAUUACUUAUGAGCGUUAACAAAUGCAAUCCAUUUCCAGGGGCAGAGUGGGGGUGAAGCUUAGUCUUGGUGACCUGGACCAUAGAGCAUGUAGAACAGGAGUGGGCAAAGUAUGGCCCACGGUCCACCCUAUAGUCUGCUCCGUUCAUUAUCUGGCCCAUGAAGAAUUGACAUUGUCAUGAUAUUUUGCAGUGAUUUUUUUAAACAAAAACAAGUCUAAUCUUCAGACUGUGUCACCAAGUUCAGUUAAAACCAGCCAAGUAGUCUGUUUUUUUCUGUGUUGACAUCAAUAAUGAGUCUGGCACUUUCUAAAAAAGGAAGGAAAAAAACAACUAUGUGUAAAAGAAAAGAAUCAGAAAAAAAGCUAUUUUCGUCACCGUUUCACUUUGUGAUGUUUUCAUUCCACUUGCUGCUUUUUGGCCUUUUUUGUGACUGCUUUGGUUGCUUGUCUUCUCAGCUUAGACGUUUGUGCCAAACCGGAAUGUCCGCGUUUAUAUAUGUGAGUGUGCGCGCGUGUGUCGGUGCAUGUCAUUCACGCAAUGCCUAGACAUGCUCGCAUUUUAAUGAGAAGUUUUUUCUUUAAAUUGUACAAGCAGAGCUCAUUGGAACAAAAAGAAGUGAUGGAAUUCUUUUAUCAACCCAAAAAAAAAAAAAAAAGUUAUUUAUUCAUGUAUUUGUGUGUGCGUGCUUCCGCUAUACAGUUUCAUUUUAAAACACUUUGUGUGGAAAAAGGCUUUGAGUCUUUUUGUAAAUAAAUCAAAUGUGAGAUAUUAAAAGAUUUAAAAUAUUGCUUGUCGUCCUUUGUCAAUUUUCAGUUUACUCGGGGUCCUCGCCACCAUCACCUGGCACUAUGAAGCCAUAACUGAAGUCGAAACACGUGUGAGUCCAGUCUACAAAGUACUUUAGAGUGCGUAUGACACCAAAAAGCAUGUUUAUUUCAUAUUUCACACAGUGUUUUAUGCUCCUGAAUAAAAUGGGCAGCUUGGAUGUGUUUGGAAGCGAUCGUUUUAUAUAUUCAGUUUUUGAAUCCCACGCCAUGAAAAUAAGUAACUUCUGGCUCCAGUCCCGGAUUUAGGACGACUGCGAAUGUCACGUCACCUGGGUCAGCAUCUCACAAUACAGCAUUGCUUUAUAGCAUGCAGAUGGACUGCGGAUUCAUCUGAUUUUGUGGAUUAAUUUUUAUUUUUUACAUCACGCCAGCCAAAUGGCUGCAGAAAAUUGUUGCUGCACCAGG